AUGGGAACCCCGCGAAUUGACGUCCACCAUCACUUCCUCCCACCUUUCUAUGUGCAUGCUCUAAUUGAAGGUGGUGGAGACCCAUCAGGAUGGACGAUUCCUAUUUGGACUCUGGAGAAGGAUCUCCAAUUCAACAAAGAGGAGAAUAUAGCGUUUGCGUUCUUAUCCAUUACAGCUCCUGGAGCAGGCAUUCUUCCGCUUGAGAAACAGGCCAGCUUUUGCCGUCAGGCGAAUGAGUAUGCAGCUAAAAUACGUGAUGCUGACCCGACGCACUACGGCUUCUUUGCCAACAUUCCGUCACUGCUGGAUCCAGUUGCAGCUCACGAGGAGAUCACUCAUUCGUUGUUGAACUUGCACGCCGAUGGCGUCAUACUUUAUACUCGAUACGGUGAGGACAAUCACUAUCUUGGACACCGAGAUUUUCAGGCCACUUGGGAUCUUCUUAAUGGUUACGGCGCCGUGGUUUUCGUUCAUCCCACACAUCCCGUCGACACGUCGCUUGUGAAUGCAUCGCUGCCCCAGCCCAUGAUAGAUUAUCCCCAUGAGACCACUCGCACCGCAGUCGACUUAAUCGUCUCGGGUACCGUCCGAUCACACCCCGAUGUAAAAAUCAUUCUGUCGCACGCAGGAGGUACACUUCCAUACCUCGCACUGCGGCCAGCGGCCAUGCUGCCGUAUGUUCCAUCCUCGUCCACCAAGGGGGCUACUAUCACCGGGGCUGGGGCCAAUCAGCUGGAAAAUAUCAUGGUGGAAAGUUUUAUGGAAGAUGCUAGAAGCUUCUACUUUGAUACAGCGCUGUCGGCGGCGCCACUGACGUUGGGAUUGUUGAAGGAUUUUGCCAAGCCAGGGCACGUAUUGUUUGGAAGCGAUUUCCCGUACGCCCCGUCGCCUGCUAUCCGGCAGAUGGAUGAGCUUCUAGAUGAAUAUGGCAAGAAAGAUGAGUCGUUUGUGUUGUCGGCCAAUAUCACCGCGGCACUUGCUUUGUUCCCGCGUUUGUCAAACGCUCUCGAAAACUCUGUGGCCACGACCACUCCCUAG